CGAGGUUGGGCGAAGUCCUGCAUUUGGAACAAGAAAACCAUUAAUGCUUUUAGUGGCUUUAAUUGCCAGGGUGUGAUAAUUCAAGUACUUUAGCUGGUACAAUUGCACAUAUAUGCAGACACUACAAUCGCCUCCAACAUUCCUUAGUUCCACUAGUCCAAUCAUGUUUCAUGCAAAGAUAUGAUAUCUGGACUUACAACUACAGUAUACCAACUUAAUUACGGUUUUGGGAAUACCUUGGGCUGUGGGAAAUCAUAUGGUACCGGCAAAAAGCAAAUACGCAGAUCUUUCUAGCGAAAAUACCACAUGCAUGCCUACGUAGUAUUUGGCUGAAAAAAAGAAGUACACCAGACCGCAAUAUUGGCGUUCCUCCAGUACGUGUUAAAGUACUCGAUUAAUCGCUCCCCAAAUUGUCAGUACUGAAUAUGACCGAUUCUAUGUUCAUUUUAUCUUAAGGUAUGUUCAUGGUGAAUGUUAAAUUUUUAUCCGCCAAAGGAACAGUAUUGAAAAGCUCCUCGCGCUCUGUAAGUAUUAUUCCGUGCUAUCCAUGAUUAUAUAUGUGAACAAGCCUUUUUAUAACUUAUAUAAAACAACAAAUAUAAAAUAUGCUAAUGGCUUAGAUUAAGCGGAGUGUGACUUAAAUGUCACAUUCCUGGUAAACCCGAUCUCAAAAAAUUCUUGGAGACAAUUUUUAACUAUGAAGGUUUUUAGCGGACAAAAUAUCUGAAAUGUAUCAAUCGAGUUUAUGUGCUAUAAAUUGAUGUUGUGUGCUAUACAUUGAUGUUAUGUGCAAAUACAUCAAUGUCAUAAACGUACCGAUACAACUAAAAGAUAAACCGAUACAACUAAAAGAUAAACCGAUGCAACUAAAAGAUAAACCGAUACAACUAAAAGAUGAGGAAGCGGAAGUAAAUGCAACUAAAAGAUGAGGAAGCGGAAGUAAAUCGGGAAAAUGAAAGUAGAGCAACGCGCCGACAUACAACAAUGGCGUCUCUUGGACCACGUAUUUGGCUUCCUACAGAAAACUUUUUUCGUGAAUUGGUUGAUUUAAUAAGAAAUGCUGAACAAAGUCGCACUCAUUGUGACUCGCCAGACUUUUAUUGUCAUAGAUUACUGUAGAAGAAUAUGAACGCACAUUUAUAAGUGUUUUAAGAACAAGAAUACCAGCUCAUACCCAACGGAGCAGUUUUUAAUCAACAAUCUAUAUAUACUAUGCACUUAUUUAAAUAGUUUGCGAAAUAAAUUCGACAAAAUUGUUGAAAAUUAUGAAAGGACCUCACAGCGCUUUUCACUAGAAGAGUCUCACGACCGUGCGGUUUGUAUCUGCGAAGAAUGCUGUAAAUUAGUCAACGGCGUACGCGCAAUCUCGUUCCCCGAGCCUGCGAUCCUCGAGAAGGUCGGUGAGGCUCUGGGAUAAUCCGUUGCCGGAAGCCAGGAAUCCUGGCUAAGAUUGAACUGCGCAUUCCAUUUCAACGGCCAAUCAGAUUCCUCCUUGAACAGGGCCCGCGGAGCGUAUUAGAGAGUGGGGGGGCUAAAGGGUGAGGUUUAAUUAAUUUAGAAAGUUUCAUUUAGAUUUCUAUUUUAAUAAUUUUGGCUGUCAAAAAAAGUGGGGGGGCUAAAGCCCCCCCAGCCCCCCCGUCUCCGCGGUCCCUGCUGAAACGGAUUAUCCCAGAGCCUCACGUUCCUUCCCGAGGUUCGCAGAGUCGGGGAACGAAAUUGGGCGUACGCGCACAAUUCUGAACUCCAAGGGUAGAGUGCUCCAGUGACAUAUUCAGUUCAGUUUCAAAAUGGCGGCUUUUCACUGAGCGAUCCGAUAUAUUUCACACAGUUUCGUUGAAUUUUCAAAGAACUGUGCCGGUUUCCUAUGGAUUUUACGUUGUGUCGCACUCUGGACUCUCUUGCGUGUUGAAUUAAUGUGUUUUUCUUUUUGUAACGAGUCGAAAAUCCCAAAAUUUGGAUCCAGCGAAUUUAUACAAUAUAUAGUGGAAUAUAAACAAGAACAAGUUAAAUAAAGGUUUGACAGUUUGAAUCCUAAACAACUAUGAAUAUACGUUGUAGACUCAUAAACAUCCGUUGUGCACUUGUGUUCAUUUGCAUAAUUAUAGAUUUGCACCUAAUUACAUUAACUUGCACCAAAUUACUUUCCAUUUUAUCAUAUAUUACUAUAAAAGUGUAUUUUUUCGAUUGUAUUCAGCGAGGUGGUGUUGCGUGCGGCGACGUGAAUCGUGGUACGGUUCGAUUUGUUUUUGGAACAAGAUCCAACUUUUCCCCCCACUUUUUUAAUUCUCAAAUUGUUUAUUAGACGUUUACUGGUUGAGGUUAGAGAAGGGCUUGGGAUUAGGAUAAGUUUAUCUUAUAAAUGGAAGCAAAUUGGCGUAUUUUUUAGAAGAAUCGUCUAUGUCUAUGAACUUUUUAGCACCUGAAACGAACCAUAUAAUGGCAUUAAAAAUCAAGGACUAUAUAAUUUCUUCGCUAUUAUUGGCCCAUCAUUAUUUACGGUUGAUAGUUGAUGAUCAUAGUUGCAGUGGGCCUGGCUUGCCAGAUUGAGUUGCCCGUAGCCGGAGGGUACGUCUGAGCCGGCGUCUUCGUAUAUUAUGGUUGAUAGUUGCUGAUCAUGAUUGUGUUUAUUGGUUGUAUUUAUAUGGUCCAGACCUCCUGUAUCCCUAUCUACUUCUCUGCUACACAUUACACCCUACCAGGAAAGUUACCAUUUUCAGGCUAGUGUGAACGCCUGAUCAGGCGUCUUGUUCAACAUACAGUAUAUUCACUUGGCGCCUCUGGCUCGGCACGCGCGAUUUUGCCGAAUAGAUCUACUUCCGUUUUUCCAAUUUACUUCCGCUUCCUCAUCUUUUAGUUGUAUUUACUUCCGCUCCCUCAUCUUUCAAUUGUAUCGGUUUAUGACAAUGACGUAUAGCAUAACAUCAAUUUAUAGCGCAUGAACUCGAUUGAUGCAUUUCAGAUAUUUUGUCCGCUAAAAAACUUCAUGUUUAACUGAGACAGUUGACCAAAUAUUCUUAGACAACUUGUAAAUAGGUUGUAAAGAAGUCUAAAGGAAGUAUUACUCAACGCAAAACCUCAUAUGCAAAAUAAUUUUUCCCUUUCCAGUGUAUAUUACAUUAUGAAUCAAGUCUGGUGAGAUUGUUCAGGACAAUAUUUUACUCUCUUCCUCUUACAAUUGGAAUAACUGAAGAAAAACAGAAAGUAGAGCUGAAUUUCUUUGACGACUACAUUGAUGAUUCCGUAAGUAGAAUGAAGUUAAGUGAAAUUGCUUGACAGUACUCAUAACCUUAGCCAGCAUGCCGCUUGGCGAUUUCAAUGGACGGCCAUUAUAGCAUUUGGACGUCCACUUGAAAAAGACGGAUUUUCAACGCUUAUUAUCUUACUAACGCAUUCUGGGGGAUGUAAGAAUCUCCAGAUUAUAUACCGUACCCGAUGGCUUCAAUUGGCAAAAUAGUGCAUGUAGCAAGCAAUCAUACAUAACAUGUCCUUAAAUUUUACAAUCUAAUGUUUUGUCAUUGUUUCUGUCAUUGCCUGGGAACGUUUAUUUUUAUCUCUAUCAAUCAUUGACAAUCAAAUUCAAGGCAAUUCCAAUCAAAUAGUUCAUUUGGCUAACAAUGGAAAGUGAAUUUCUCACGCAAGUUAAUUCUUAAAAUUUUAUCUGCGAUUCGAUAAAUGGUUGUUAUUCUUUAAUUUUUUCCCAAAAUUCGUAUCAACCAUGGUAAUCACUGCAUGCCGCCUUAUAGAGUACUUCAAGACUAACAGCUUUACAUAGUAUAACUAUAUAGUACCAUGUACAGUGUUUUCUUUGAGAAAUUAAAUCUUAAAAAUACCAAAGUUUGUCGGCUACACUGAGCAAAGAAGUUUGACUGUAGCCUCAUUUUGCUGCUUUUUGCACAUUACAAAGGGCUAUAAUUUCGCUUGCAUGGAUUGCAUGUUUUCAGUUUUAAACUCUUACACUUUACACUUAACUUUAAAUAACAGUGCCUGAUAAGAAAUUGUUUAUUAGCCUGGUAAUGCAUAAAAUAAAUUAUGCAAUAAUGCAAAAUUGUGGCGGCUAGUUUUCGAAUCCGUCAACAAGCCAUCAAAAAUAUACAGCAAUAGUAUAUGCAAAAUUGCAAGAGAAUACGUCUUUAAGCCGAUUACAGACGAGCAAGUUUUCAUGACAAGUUUUAUUUGCUCGUCAAACUUUGCUAAUUUUUGCUAUAUAUGACAAUUAAUAAAUACUGCAUGGCACGUAAUUUGAGCACUCUAAGUCAGCGAUCUGUUGUAGUAAUAGCCAAUACUAGCUAUAUAUCGUGGCAGUCAGAUAACCAAAAACUUGUCAUAGAAAAUUUGCUGUACAUACACUGUCACGUGAAAUUGAAAAAUAAAACUUGCCAUAUAUGAAAACUUGUCAUAGAAAACUUACUUGUCUGUAACCGGCUUUAUACGCCCCCAAAGAGAUUUAUAGCCGCGUAAACUGUAAGUUGAAUGCUUAAUUCCAAAUGUAGACGCCCAAAUUCCAGAUCUUGGAUAAGAUCCUGACUCUGCUUUAACCUAAAAUUACCAUAACAAAAUUGGAAAAGAAACUAUCUUUAUCAGUUCUUAACUGUUUUCCCUACUAGAGCCUAUAUAUGCGAUUAAAAGUGAUGAACCAGGCGGGAAUCCUAACCGCAUUAUGAAGAUUAAUGCCCAGCAUAACGUACGCAUGAACGCUAUUUAGACAUGAAAUAUAGUUAUAAUGUUUUAUUGAAAAUAGAGUUUUAUUUUUUUCUUUCCUAUUUCAGUACAAUCCCGCAGUUCAAGCGAAGGUUGUGAUUAUGACAAAACAAGUUGAAAUUUACUCAUCCACUUUGCGCCUUCAAGCUUCAUUUACAGGGCUCAGGUAAACAUUAAGCUUUGUAGCAUGUAUCUAUACAUCGUCAAUUUUUUGGGCAAUGUACAAAGCAGGUGGUUAAUUAAGGCUACAGACGCGUUUAUUUGGAUGCUUUUUGUGGGAAAUGAGUUGUUAAUGACUUCCUAUGAGGCGAACAUACUACAAUCCUUGUAAUAAUUAUAGUGGACAGCGCGUGUGCGUAGAUAAAAAUACACGAUUUGCGGCAAAGAUACCAACAUGUGUAUAUAGAAUCACAUGCAUACAGCAACCCCUCGUCUAUAUUUGUCAAACAUUUAUUUAACAUGAAGUGUUUCAAGUGUUGCCAUGACAACACGAUAAUUUUAUAUUUUUUAUUACUUUUAACUACACAAUAAUGAAUUUUGGAAAUAUGUACCGUGGGUAUGUUAUUUUCAAAAUUAAACAUUCAAAGCAAUUCUGUCCUAUACUUCACGAUUUCCCAUAGUAAAUCAAUUCUUCUCAUUCCAGCAAACAAAAAUUAAAAAUUGCUACAAAGCUCAUUGUAUGAAACGAUUUUUCGGGUAUAUGUGUUUGAAAAUUGAAAUCUUGCUUAUCCCACUCCUGCCAAACAGCCAUACUUUGAGAUCAUUGAGAAGGUCCACCCACGAAACCGACGCGACGGAAGAGGUAAUUUCGCUGGCCUCAAAGUGACGAAACGUAACAAAUAAAGCAACGGUUUUACUAACACUAACCCUAUUCCAAACACCAACUCUAACCCUGAUCCUAACCCUACUCCAAGUUUGUUUCUAAACCAAUCUUGAAGAAAAACGUUUUGACGAAAUGUCAGGUCAGCGAAAUAACUUCCAGACGGCUCGUGUUGGCUCGGAGAUGAACAGUGAUAUAUUUUAGUUUACAGCUAAGUGUCCACAAAAUUUUUGCUAUGAUUGUAUAUCCGUUGCUGGGAUUAAUAGAUACCAACUUUUUCUGGAGAUGGUGCUGAAAAGCUUUAUUUGUGCAUCCCCCAUACAAUCCACCUACAGCCAACAUCAAGGAACACGUUUUUUCCCUUGAAUGAUCUAGCCAACCUAGCUAUAUACAUUAAGCCGUGAUGAGCAGUGCGGUAUCCAGUACAUGCGUCAUUCUAACGGGAAAGAGUUAAACAUACACUUACAACUAGUUAUUCUUGUCUUUCCUAGAUAUCUCAUCUUCAACUGGCCUGUGUUAUUUUCAUGUGUUUCCAUUCUUGGUAAUUUCAUAAUCGUUUCCUUACUUUACUCUGCUUGCGUAAAUCAAUUUAUGCCAAAUACAAACACAACAACGAACAGUGCUACACAACAGCAACAUGUUACAAACGUCCAACAACAAAGUACCACAUCGCAGUUGAGUAACGGACGCACAUCCACAGCAGUUACUACCACGCCUGCUGCCGAUGUUGAAACAGUCAGUUCAAGUGUUGAAACGGUCAGUUCAAGUGUUGAAACAGUCAGUUCAAGUGUUGAAACAGUAAGUUCAAAUGUUGAAACAGUCAGUUCAAAUGUUGAAACAGUCAAUCCCGCCGUUCUAAGAGCCUCGGAACCAACACAAGAAAACCAACCCUCAACAUCAUGUGAAGUUAGAAAGCGGCGAUAUACUCGUAUCGCGUCUGUAAAAUUAAAAUUUCGUAAGAAGCAACCAAGAAUAUCUCAUGUUGGUCAAAGACGAAUAAGGAAUAUUAAAGUUACGAGGCAAGACAUUGAUGAUGUAGUCCAUGAAUCUUUAAAUAAUGAUGACGCUAUGGAAAGCGGUGUGAAUCAAGAGACAAAAACAUCUAGCAAUGUUAAUGAUGUAAAUGAUGAUUCGACAUUUGCUCUCGUUAGAGAUUCUGCAAAGAUUACUAGUGUGUCAUUAGAUGGAAUUCAAAUGGCCAAUGGAUGUUCACCAGCUAGGGCAAGCCAUGUAAGGAAACGUCGAAAGACUGGUGGCGGUGAUAAAACAAAAAAGGAAGGGCAAUGUAGCAAAAGCACAACGUGGAGAAUAACCAGCAAUGAAUUAGUCAAUGAUAAUUCAGAAAAGAAUAAACUAAAAGAAAAUGCAAGUGAGAGCAUGGAAAAUAAGUCUUCAGGUAGAAUUGAAUCUCGAUCGCAAAACCAUAUGAAGUCAUUAUGGGAGAACUUUUGCUUUGCAAAAAGCUGGGAAAGUUUUAAAUUACCGCGAAUACGAAGACUAGGAAUGUAUUUACAAGAAACAAUGCCGUCCGUUUCUCAGAAUAUUAGACACUGUGUAUCUGAUCUGGAACUAUCCUCCAUUGAAGAGAGAAGGUUAAGUGAAGGUGGUAGUCUGAGGAGGUCGGUUAGUGCGAGCGAUAUAUCAUUACUGGAUGGCAAUUCUACGGUAAUGAGCGAAAUUUGCCAAUAAUAUUGUUUAUACAGGUAAAUGUAGUAUAAUGAAAGUUUGUAGGACACUGUUGUAAUAUAUCUUAUAAAAACCUAUGUAUAAUGUAAAGUAUAUCAUACCUAAUUUUAUGAAAUUCUAAUCACUGCACACUAUUGAAUAAGCAAUAUUUGUAGUCUAUGGACUGAAAGAACCCUAUACCGACGCCCUUUAGAUUGACUAAAAAUACGUGCCCACUUAAAAUAUACCAGGAUGAAUUCCAUGUCACUUGAUUCACCUCGGAAGAGAAACUUUGAACUCAGUUUGCCACUGAAGUUUGGUCCCCUUUUAACUCAAAAAAAACAUUAAAGUAAGUGAGGAAAAUUUCCCGAGUUUGCUAUUCUUCCCGAGUGGCAGACCAUUUUCCCUUUCUUAAAUCAGUCAAAUGUGGGUGGGGGGAAAGGAAAAGAGGGCUAGACAAGGCCUGACAAAUCCCUCUUUCGGGACGCACAACGUCUGCGAGUAGGCUAGGCCGCAUGUAAAAAAGCCCAAAUCCGGCUUUUCACCUAAUUGCUCUAUUAGACAAAGACAUUUUAAGGUAAUUCCGCAGUAAUUGUUCCCGAAAUGAGAAUGUGCUGAAACUUCCCAGGCAUGGAGUUUAUGAUAUACUUAAAGUAAAAUCACACAAAAAAGUCGGGGUCACCGAACUCGUUAAGAAGAUAUGACAAUCACAAUAUACCACCUUUACCCCAAUAUGGCGCCAUCUUGACGCUCAUUACGAAUAACAGCAAACUCACAACAGCCCGAUAUUUAUUGACGUUUUUAGCGCGGAUUUUGCUUUAGUAAUCCUAUCUUGUAAUUAUUUUUGAAAAAUAUCGUGUUUUGAGCAAAAUGAAACUACUAACGUGUACAAUUCUGAUCCACAAAUGUCUUUUGCACAUUUCUUUACACAUCUUUCUUUGAGAACAUGCAUUGUAAAGCUUUUUUUUCAAGAUCCAGAAAUGAUUUUUCUUUUAAUUUCGGAUAUGAAACGUAAAAUGCAUUAAAGAAAUAAAUUAUCAGUUGGGGGUCACCGAUCUUUUUAGGGGAUUCUGGCAUUAAAACGUGAAGUACAAGUAAAUAAAUAUACUACAGACACAGGAACCCUAGCUACACUUUUGUAUGCCUUUUUUGAAAACAUUGAUUUUAACGUAAUUCUUUGCACGAAUGUAACCAAAGAUGUUUUGAAGUAACAUAAAAUUGUCAUAAAAUGAUAUUUUUUUAAACGGUACGUAUAAUGGAUGAAAUUAUAAGUUAUAGGAUGUGCGCAGUAAAAGUGCGCAAUGCAAAACUGCGGAAUUACCUUAAUCUGUCUUUUUGAUUGGUUCAUGCUAAUUGAUUAGGGGUGGACCAUUAGAAAUCCCAGGAGGCGGCGGGGUAUAAAAUUUUUGCGGCACGAUUUUUUUUUCAGUCUCAUGUCUCUACACUCUACAGGAUUUUGUUUAUGCAUUUAACCUCUGCAAGAAUUUUUUUCAAGACUAUUUGCACUAUGCUGUUUGCUUGCACGAUUUUUUUUUCUCCGACGUAAUGGCUGCACGAAUUUUUUUCCAGGCAUUUAUCUUUGCACGAAUUUUUUGGGGGGAAUUUUCAACCCCCCUCCCGGGAUUUCUAAUGGCCCGCCCCUUAUGAUUAUAUAAUUACUUUAUGGUUUCCGUGUUUGGAUGGCCUGAUCCAAACACGCGGGAAUGUUGCGAGAGUUAAGAAAAGCGCGCGAAACACGAGCCGAAGGCGAGUGAUUUUGCGCGCUUUUCUUAACUCGAGCAACAUUCCCAAGUGUUUGGAUCAGGCCAUCCAAACACGGAAACCAUAAAGUAAUUGUUUUAUAAAAUAACAACAAAGUUUAAAAUUCCCGCGAAGGCACUUUAGAUUUCCGUGUUUGGAUGGCCUGAUCCAAACACGGGUUUCGACCAAUCAGAGCACGCGUUAUUUACAUGUUAUUUUAUAAUAUACUAGUACUAUUGUUCAUGUUGUCUCGAUCUCUAUUAGAGUGGUAGCUUUAAUAACAGAUAGCGGGCGAAUUGAGAGAUGUAGUUCAAUUUUCUUGCAUGUGCCUUAGUGUCAAUAUUGCCGCAUGUAGUAAGUCGUAAAAUUAAUACAUUUACAAAUAUACAUGCGGGUUUCGAUUUCUUUUUGACAAACUCAAAUUUACCUCAAUCACAAUAGACAACUUGCAUGUUAGACUAAUUUUUUAUUUAGGCAAAAAAAAGUAAAUUCCCGUAAAGAACUUAUUAAAAUCAGUAAAAUUGCAAAAUUUGGUUACGAAAUGUUGUAAAAUACAGAAAAUAUAGCCUUGCGAAGUUUGCAUAUUUUCAGUAUGUUUGUAUUACGUGCGGAAAUUGGUAUCAUUUUUGAGCCGAAAAUGCAAUUUUACUAAUUUCAUUAUUUUCUUUUUAACUGUUGUGUUUUAUUCCCUUCUCUUUACUUAGAUUAAAGUUUAGUCUAACAUGCAAGUUGUCCAAUGCAGGUGGUCCAUCAUCAGGACAGGAAAAAGAAUUUUCUUCCUGGGAGCACAACCUGGAGACAAAAAUUUCCUGCGGACCAACGGAGUAUUUUUGUGCUAAAUCUGCAUGUGUAUGAACAUGUAGUGUACUAGUGUUCUAGCUGACCAUGGUUUUAAAUUCAAGGAAUAAUGUCCUGGCAACCAUAUGUUGCACUCAUAGUGGGACAUGGGUGUUAAGGUUUAAUUCCUACAAAUUUUCAAUAGCAAAUCUUCAUUACUGCAAAGCUUUCGAUCUGUAAGCCCGGAUCUUCAUCAGUG